AGCUGAGCGGUGGCGGCGCCGCAGCCGGGGUUGGAGCGCAGGAGCCGACGGGGCCCGACCGGGAUGGUGCAGCGGCGGCUCCGCGGCGCACACACGCGCUGAGCGGGCCCAAGCUGGGUCCCGCGCCCCCCGCGCCCCCCGCCGCCCCGAUCCCGGCCGGCAUGAUGUGCCUGGAAUGCGCCUCGGCGGCGGCGGGCGGCGCGGAGGAGGAGGAGGCGGACGCGGAGCGGCGGCGCCGGCGCCGGGGGGCGCAGCGAGGGGCUGGCGGUAGCGGUUGCUGCGGGGCGCGGGGCGCGGGCGGCGCUGGAGUCUCGGCCGCGGACGAUGAGGUGCAGACGCUGUCGGGCAGCGUAAGGCGGGCCCCGACCGGACCCCCCGGCACCCCUGGCACCCCCGGCUGCGCAGCUACUGCAAAGGGCCCCGGCGCACAGCAGCCCAAACCGGCCAGCUUGGGCCGCGGGCGGGGGGCAGCCGCCGCCAUCCUCAGCUUGGGCAACGUGCUCAACUACCUGGACAGGUACACCGUGGCAGGCGUCCUCCUGGACAUCCAGCAGCACUUUGGGGUCAAGGACCGAGGCGCCGGCCUGCUGCAGUCAGUGUUCAUCUGUAGCUUCAUGGUGGCUGCCCCCAUCUUCGGCUACCUGGGCGACCGCUUCAACAGGAAGGUGAUUCUCAGCUGUGGCAUUUUCUUCUGGUCGGCCGUCACCUUCUCCAGCUCCUUCAUUCCCCAGCAGUACUUCUGGCUGUUGGUCCUGUCCCGGGGACUGGUGGGCAUCGGUGAGGCCAGCUACUCCACCAUCGCCCCCACUAUCAUUGGCGACCUCUUCACCAAGAACACGCGUACGCUCAUGCUGUCCGUCUUCUACUUUGCCAUCCCACUGGGCAGUGGCCUGGGCUACAUCACUGGCUCCAGCGUGAAGCAGGCAGCCGGAGACUGGCACUGGGCGUUGCGGGUGUCCCCCGUCCUGGGCAUGAUCACAGGAACACUCAUCCUCAUCCUGGUUCCGGCCACCAAAAGGGGCCAUGCCGACCAACUCGGGGACCAGCUCAAGACCCGGACCUCAUGGCUCCGAGAUAUGAAGGCCCUGAUUCGAAACCGCAGCUACGUCUUCUCCUCCCUGGCCACGUCGGCUGUCUCCUUCGCCACAGGGGCCCUGGGCAUGUGGAUCCCGCUUUACCUGCACCGCGCCCAAGUUGUGCAGAAGACAGCGGAGACGUGCAACAGCCCGCCCUGUGGAGCCAAGGACAGUCUCAUCUUUGGGGCCAUCACCUGCUUUACGGGCUUUCUGGGUGUGGUCACGGGUGCGGGAGCCACGCGCUGGUGCCGCCUGAAGACCCAGCGGGCCGACCCACUGGUGUGUGCCGUGGGCAUGCUGGGCUCUGCCAUCUUCAUCUGCCUGAUCUUCGUGGCUGCCAAGAGCAGCAUCGUAGGGGCCUAUAUCUGUAUCUUCGUUGGGGAGACGCUGCUGUUUUCUAACUGGGCCAUCACUGCAGACAUCCUCAUGUACGUGGUCAUCCCCACCCGGCGGGCCACUGCUGUGGCCUUGCAGAGCUUCACCUCCCACCUGCUGGGGGACGCCGGGAGCCCCUACCUCAUUGGCUUUGUGAGUAACCCCGGGGUGGGGCUGGCCUGCGGAGGUUGGGGGCUUCAGGAGGGCUCCACUCUAACAUCCACCCCCAAAUCCUCACAGAUCUCAGACCUAAUCCGCCAGAGCACCAAGGACUCCCCGCUCUGGGAGUUCCUGAGCCUGGGCUACGCGCUCAUGCUCUGCCCCUUCGUCGUGGUCCUGGGUGGCAUGUUCUUCCUCGCCACUGCUCUCUUCUUCGUCAGCGACCGCGCCAAGGCUGAGCAGCAGGUGAACCAGCUGGUGAUGCCGCCCGCAUCUGUGAAAGUCUGAGGUGGUGCCAUUGGGACAAUGAAGAACUCACAUUCCCACCUCGUCUGGGAGGUGUCCUACAGCGUCCGGGACCGGCUGGGCUGCCCCAAAGCUUUCUGUGUGAUCCACGGCUAGGCAUCCACCCUCUCUGGCCUGGGCCUGCUGAGUGGCCCUGGCAUCAAGAGGCUGUGUCCUCAGUUACCCUGGAAGGAUGUGUGUGUUGGAGCCACGUGGUUGGACAGAUGCCCAGCCCUAGGUUUGGGCUGCAGGGCCCCUGGGGCCAAGGAAGAAGACAGCCCCAAGUGGGUGUCCGGGGAGAGCCUGGCCUGCCACCAGCUUAUGUGAUCUUGGGCAAGUCCCUGCCCUCCCUAGAACGAAGGGCCAGGGGGCUGGACUUUCCCACACAACUUGCUGGGCAAAGCAGGAUCUGCAGCUUUGAAGACUCAACAGACCCUGGACCUUACAGAGAGCAGGUGGCCCAGGCCUCAGGGCGGCAGUCCCGGCUUUGAGGCUCACGUAAGGGCCUGGUGUGCAGAGACCACUGCUUCUCAGCUGGGCCUCGGACCCUGGGGAUAUCGGACUCAACCUGGCAACUGAAGCUGGGCACCCAAGUCGCUGGGUACUCCCUGGCCUGGCUGGUCUCUCUGGAGGACACUCACUAUCUCGGGUUGGCUCCUAGCCUGGAGGUCCCAGAUGGGGACUGUUCUGACAAGCUGGCAUCAGCAGGGGUGAAGGCCCUGGCUACAGCUGUACACCACCUGUGGCCCCAGGCUCGAGGUCUCUAGGAGGUACAGGGCUCCUCUCCCUGCCACCACCCCCCAAGCCAGGAACCCACUCCCUCCCUGAGGCUGAGCCAAGCCUUUUCCAGGGCAGGGCCCAGGAGACCAUUCCCAGAAUCCAUGGGGCAGUAGCCAGGGCUCCGGCUGCUGGAGGAAGCAGCCAUCCACAGAGCUUCCUGCCCCGGAGCUGAGGCCGAGGCCCCCGGGAGACGCCAGCCCCUACCCGCUGGUAUUCCAGCAAAUGACCCCGGGCGCCAGGCCUGCGAUCACCCAUGUCCCAUCCGUGCACACACCAGGAUGCAGCUGCCACCUUCACACCAGCCCCAACCCGCUUUGGGGGAGCUUACCUCCUGCGUCACACACUCCCUGCACAUCUGCUGCCAUCAAGGUGGUUCUGGUGCGGGGGGCCCUUGUGGCCAACAGGAGACCCCAAGAGCCGGCUUGGACAAUGCUCUUCUUGCCCCUUCGUUACUGGCUGGCUGUGGCUUCAGUGGUGUGUAAGCUAGUGGAAUACCCACCCACCAAGCUCUGGGGUACCCUGGGGGUCUGACAGGAGGAUGGGGUGGGGGUGGUAUCCCCCAAAGACCAGCCUCCACCCCCCACUCCAGCCUCAGCGGGGCCCCAGCGAUGUUUUCUUGUUGUGCAAGAACCAGGUCCGAGUGUUGCCUCCUCUUCCUUCCGGAAGCCAAACUGCUCCUUUAUUUUUUAGGGCUGCUGAUUGUGAAUCUCAGAGUCUUAAGAGAGAAGCCAAAUAUAUUCCUCUUGUAAAUGAAGAAAUAAACCUAUUUAAAUCAC